AAGGGGUAUGUCCAGACCCUCAGAGCCCGGGCUGGCGCCGGGGCACACAGGCAUGCCCCCACCUUGGGCCUCCCUGUUCCAGGUGACCAGAAGUCAUCUGCUUCUCAGAAGCCCCGAAGCCGGGGCAUCUUCCACUCACUUUUCUGCUGCGUCUGCCGGGAUGAUGGAGAGGCCCUGCCCAGCCACAGUGGGGCACCCCUGCUUGUGGAGGAAAACGGAGCUGUUCCCAAGGUGCGUGGUGGCCAGCAGACCCCGGUCCAGUAUCUGCUCCCCGAGGCCAAGGCCCAGGACUCAGACAAGAUCUGCGUGGUCAUCGACCUGGACGAGACCCUGGUGCACAGCUCCUUCAAGCCAGUGAACAAUGCUGACUUCAUCAUCCCCGUGGAGAUCGACGGGGUUGUCCACCAGGUUUACGUGCUGAAGCGGCCCUAUGUGGACGAGUUCCUGCAGCGAAUGGGCGAGCUCUUCGAGUGCGUGUUGUUCACUGCCAGUCUGGCCAAGUAUGCAGACCCAGUAGCUGACCUGCUGGACAAGUGGGGGGCCUUCCGAGCACGGCUGUUUCGUGAGUCGUGUGUCUUCCACCGGGGGAACUACGUCAAGGACCUGAGCAGGCUGGGCCGAGACUUGCGGCGGGUGCUUAUCUUGGACAACUCGCCUGCCUCCUACGUCUUCCAUCCGGACAAUGCCGUACCGGUGGCCUCGUGGUUUGACAACAUGAGUGACACAGAGCUCCAUGACCUUCUGCCCUUCUUCGAGCAGCUCAGCCGAGUGGAUGACGUGUACUCAGUGCUCAGGCAGCCACGGCCUGGCAGCUAGUGAGGCGCCCUGGGGCCAGGACCUGCCCCUGACCACACCUACACCUUUCACACACGGACUCUUCCUUCGGAAAGCCCAGCAGCCCGGGCCACCUCAGUGCCAUGGGGAAGUGGGCGUCUCCCCCACCAGCCUGGCCAGGCUGCGAAGGGGGGCAGCAGGCUGCACAGAGGGCAGUGAGACCCUGGGUCCCUGUGUCAGUGCCUUAGAACCUCCUCGCUCUUCUUGGGGGACCUACGGGGCCCUGCAUGCUGCUCCCCCUUUCUCUUUCUAUGCUGCCAUGUUUCUCUGCUGCCAAGUUGGGCCUCUCGGCCCUUUCGGUUCUGCUUGGGGGAGGGGCAGAGUUCCUGCUGCCCCCUGCCUUGGGCCCCACCUGGGAACGUGGACACCAAGUGCCUUGCAUAGAGCCCUCUUCCCCGCCUGGCUUUCCCAGGGCCAGGGCGGGUCAGCUCUUGCCUGGAACAGUCUCCAGACUGUCCGUCGAAGAGAAGCUAGUCCUCACGCCUCCUCCGUGGGGGCUGCUGCAGACCCCGCCACCUUUGUCUCGGGGGGCACAGGAGGGGAGAAGAUCCGUUGGCCACUUGUGAGAGCAGCAGGGGUUUGUCCUUCAGGACCCAGUCCUGCUUCUCUGUACUCCUCACUGAGGGCUGCUCCCCAUUCCACCCAGGGCUCCGCAGCUCAGCUCCCCCAGCUCCAAGUGUGGGGGCACAGGCAGGACCCCUUUAUGGUGCCAUAUAAAUAUGUAUAUGUGUAUAUAGAUUUUUAGGGGAAGGAGAGGGGGAAGGGUUGGAGUAGAGACAGCCCUUCCUCACCCCUUUCCCGGGCCCAUAAAUUGGGGGGAGGGAGGAAAAGGAUUUUUACAUUUUUAAACUGCUAUUUUCUGAGCGAAACAAGCUGGGCCAAGAGGCCCCAGGCCCUGUCCUGUCACCCACACCCUCUUUGCUUCAUUUAAAACAUUUAUUGAGCACCUUCUCUGGGCCCAGCCUGUGCUAGGCCAACCAGCUGAGUGUGUGUGUGAGGGGAGGGGGAUCUCUCUCCACCCACCCCAUACUUCACCCGUGCCUUUAGGGGAUCUGUAGGAGGUGGGACACUUGUGGGGUUUGGGGGGUACUCCUGCCAAGCUACACCCCUCCAUGCCAGCCCACUCUGCAGCCCCCUGCCUCAUCCCCAGCUGGCUGAGGGCUGCUCCCCGACAUCUGCCUUCCAGCUCUGCCUCCUCUACCUGGAAUCCCUCCCCCCCAAAUGCUGAGUCUGGAGGUCAAGGCCUUGGGCUCUUCCCAGGGCCUAACAGUUACGGGGACCCGCAUACCAGUGCCAAGGGGGAUGUCAAAUGGAGAUGUCCUUGUUUCCCACCUACCCCCAGCUGGGGGCGGGCGGGCGGGAGGGCAUGGCUGGUCCGAAUCUGAUGACCCUCCCAUUUAAGUGCCUUCUCUGUGAUAGCCCCUCAGUGUGACGCGAACUAAAGAGAAAGCCAGACCCCCAA